CAACAAAAUGGACGAUGAUUUGUUCCAGCUGAGACAACUCCCUGUUGUCAAGUUUCGUCGUACAGGUGAGAGUACACGCUCCGAGGAUGAGAGUGAAAAUCGAGAGCAGGGGGUCCGGGUUAGCACAGAGCAGACGGAUCUGGAGUCUGUGGCACUCGCAGAUGGAGCGCCAGUCCCUCGCGAGUUUGCCAAUCCUACCGAUGAUACAUUCAUGGUGGAAGAUGCUGUGGAGGCCAUAGGCUUUGGGACAUUUCAGUGGAAACUUUCCGUCCUUACUGGUCUGUCCUGGAUGGCAGAUGCUAUGGAGAUGAUGAUUCUCAGCAUCUUGGCCCCACAGCUCCACUGUGAAUGGAGACUGCCAAGUCUGGAAGUGGCACUACUUACCUCGGCAGUGUUUAUUGGAAUGAUGAUUAGCUCCUCCCUUUGGGGAAACAUAUCUGACAAGUACGGCAGAAAAACAGGUCUGAAGAUGAGUGUGCUAUGGACCAUGUUCUAUGGCUUGAUGAGUGCAUUUGCACCAAUAUAUGGCUGGAUCCUCUUCCUCCGUGCACUUGUGGGCUUUGGCAUUGGGGGAGCCCCACAAUCGGUGACGCUGUAUGCUGAGUUUCUGCCUAUGAGAUCCAGAGCUACAUGCAUCUUGCUGAUAGAGAUAUUUUGGGCACUGGGAACUGUGUUUGAGGUGCUGUUAGCAAUUCUGGUAAUGCCCACUUUGGGCUGGCGUUGGCUGCUUGCCCUCUCCACUAUUCCCCUGUUCAUCUUUGCCAUCCUGUGUUUUUGGCUACCAGAGAGCGCUCGAUAUGAUGUAUUGACAGGGAACCAGGAGAAGGCUCUGGCCACCUUGAAGCGCAUUGCCACAGAGAAUGGCGCACCAAUGCCCUUGGGAAAGCUAAUUGCUGCCAGACAGGAGGAUCGCGGGAAGAUUCAAGAUUUAUUCUCUUCACACUUCCGUUGGACUACAGUUUUGCUGUGGUUUAUUUGGUUCUCCAAUGCCUUCUCCUACUACGGGCUGGUGCUGCUCACCACCGAGCUGUUCCAGGAGGGGGGAGCCUGUGGAGUAUCUAAAGGCAAUAAGAUGGAGCCCCGAUGUAGCUUGGAGUGCAAGUACCUGAACUCGGAUGACUAUAAGGACCUGUUGUGGACCACCUUGUCUGAAUUCCCAGGACUGCUGGUGACACUGUGGGCUAUUGACCGUCUGGGAAGGAGGAAGACCAUGGCAUUGUGCUUCUUUGUCUUCUCUCUAUGCAUCAUUCCACUCUAUGGUUGCGUUGGGAGGACAUCCAUGACAGUGUUGAUAUUCAUUGCCAGGGCAUUCAUAGCAGGAGGAUUUCAGGCGGCCUAUGUGUACACCCCAGAGGUUUACCCAACAGCCACCAGAGCUUUAGGUUUGGGAACAAGUAGUGGAAUGGCCAGAGUUGGUGCACUUAUCACUCCUUUUGUUGCACAGGUCAUGUUGGAGUCUUCUGUAUACCUGACUCUCUCAGUGUAUUGCUGCUGUUGCCUGUUAGCUGCCUUCGCCUCCUGUGCUCUGCCAAUUGAGACAACAGGUCGAGGCCUCCAGGAGUCCAGCCACCGUGAGUGGGGCCAGGAAAUGAUGGGCCGGGGCUCUGCCCAUAAACCAGAGGGUGUCCCUCACUCUAGCUCUGGCUCCCAGGAUUGA